AUGUCAGCCAGCCUCUUCCCAGCCCACCAGCACCCGGGACUACUGGAUGAGCUGCACGGCAGAGCCCCACAAGUGCCCUGCCCAGAAGGGUUGCUGGGCGCCUCGGUGCUGGAUUUCGUGGCCGACUUCUCUCUGGGCUCCCCCCAGAUUCCUCCCCGGGCUGGGCCGAGCCUUGGACUCUGUGAGAUCACCCCUGGGCCUCCCUUCGGGGACAGAGCCCUGUCGGUCCGGCAGGGGAUGGCUAGAGGGCUGCCCCUGGCUGCCUUCGGAGAUGGAGACCCCGAAGACGAAGAAGAGGAGGAGGAGGAAGAGAGGAUGCGGAGCGCUUCCCUUCUGGACAGACCCAGGAGAAAGCGGGUUAUCACCUACGCCCAGCGCCAGGCUGCCAACAUACGGGAGAGGAAGAGGAUGUUCAACCUCAACGAGGCAUUUGAUCAGCUGAGGAAGAAGGUGCCCACCUUCGCCUACGAGAAAAGGCUGUCCCGGAUAGAGACAUUGCGUCUGGCCAUAGUGUACAUCUCCUUCAUGACUGAGCUCCUGGACGGCUGCAGCAGGCAGGAGGCGAGCUAG